UGGUCUUAUACUAUCUUGUAAUUGAACUUUUCUGAACUAUCUCAUGAUGACUAACAAAUGUUACAUGCGUGUGGGACUAAAAGCAACUUUUUUGGUAGCUUCCCUUUAUCAAGACACAAUAAUAGAGAACCAAACGAACCAUAUAGAGAUUAUAUCAUUACAACCAAUAAGAAAGCGAUCUUUUUAUUUCCAUUGAUCUUUUGGUUGUUGAAGGAUAAAAUUAUCAUGAAUUGAGCUUAGUUUUGUCGUCAAGUUGUGAUAUUGAAGCUGUAAAGUACUGAGCUUUUGAUGAUUUAUGCUGUAAAGGGAAGAACUGUCGUAUGAUUAAUAACUUGCUUCACUUUAUAUAUAAUUACUUUAUUGUCUGCAACGCUAUGUUUUGUAUAUAUUGACAAAUAACAUGAAAUAUUUGUGAUAUUUUUGCAACAGAAAAUAUUUCAUUAUUAGUUAACUAUACACUUUGAUAAAAAAAAAAAGUUAACUAUAUACACUAUCCUAAAGGAUCUAAAAAAGCGCAUGUAACUAAUUUAUAAGAUUAAUGUGUUUUUUUAUCGACUAUAACGGGUCUAAAUCAUAUUGUAAUCUCGAAGUUCAACUGUCACUUGGAAAUUGAAAAUGUUUUUGGUUAGAAAUGUACUAAUUGAUAAAAACGACUCAUUCCAUUUUGCAAUCCUCUUUUGUCAAGUUUCAAUCUAUACACUUGCUUCAUGUUAUAUUAAUAUUAUAACUUAUAUAUCAUAAUGGCUCAUACUAAGAACACGCAUAGUCUAUAGUUAAAUCAACAUUUUGAUAAUAUAUGAUUUACCAAAAAAAUAUAUAUAUAUUAGUACUGCAGUGCGUUUACUAACUAAUUAUAUUGGUUGUUUUAACAAGUUUGCUUCUUCUAAAAUUCCACUACUUAUUCUGUGUAGUUUCAUUUAUUAUAACGUGGGAACUAAUUUAAUUGUUAGUGAUGGUUUAAUAAUAAAUGAUCAGUGCAAAUCUUAAGUUAGACGAUUUGUGUCACAUGAAUGUCAUUGUAGAUCCUGAAAUUGAGGUGGUCAAUUUUUCCAUGUGUAUAUUUGCUUUUUAAUUAAUUUUGGUACUGAAAAAUAUAAUUUCUUGUUGCACGGAACAGUCGCCGAAAGUCAGGCAUUGAUUCCAUAUUAUGAUAACAAAUACAAAAGUGCCAAAUAUGUAGUACUAUUGUAACUAUUUCGAAUGGUGCCGUAAAAUAAACAAUUUGGAAUGGAAAAAAUAGGUGAAUGGAUUACUUUAUUUACAUUAUGGAGCACCAUAGUAUGUUUGUAAAAGACUUAAAAAAUAGUCUUAGUAGGUGUUCUUUGAACUUUUUGCUUUAUUUGUUGAUCCUGUAUUUCUUUGUAUUUUACUACCUGUAAAGGAAUGUGCGAAUGCUUUGUUCUUCUUUUCUUUUUCUGUUUACUUUGGAAAAGGUAGCUGAAUGUGAUGUCAAAAAGCAUAUGUUCUGUUCCUGCGGUUUUCAGUUAAUAACUUUAAACGAAAAUAGAAACAACCAGUCAAAGUCUCGAACCUUAUUUUUGAAGAAAGACAUUACCUUCUUUUAGGGCUUAGUCAACUUUUGCAAUAUGCAAUUUAAUCGACUAUAUUAUAUAUGUCGUUGAUUAUAUCAAACAAUUUUGAUAUUGUUUUUAAAAAAAAAAAACUGGCCUAACAAUGUUGAUAUUUAGAUGCAAAUGUGAUAACGAAGAUGCAUUUCGCAAUAUAUAGUGUGGCGGCCAAAUAUAUAUAUGCACUGUAAUGAUGUUCUAACAUGAUCGUUAUCAUAAUUUGAGCAUUCUUCGAUUGGGUUUUAAUUGAUGACCAAAAACCAAUUAGUAAGAGUAUACUAUAUCGUUUUUUCAAAAAAGAAGUGCACUACGUCAAUCUAAUGAUAGGCGGACUCUAGGAUGCUAAGCAACCCAAGUUCAAAAACACUCCAUUACACAUUAACUUAUGGUUUUAUAAUCUAUUUAAGGGAAGUUUACUAAAAUGAAACAAAUUAGUUAUGUUAUUACUAGAAUGAUUUAUAUUUUUUGAAAUUUAUUAAAAUAUUUUUUUGGUCGAAAUUGCCCUUACACAUAGUUAUAACAAAAAAAAACAUUACCCAAAUGCCCUGAUUAUUUAAUCGACGGCCGAUUUGUUUUCAAAAAAAUAAAUCUAUCGACCAAUAAGUCUAUUUAUAAAAUCUGUGUAGAAAAAAAAACUACUAUUAAAGUGGUGGCAGACUUUUUAGAAAGCGUCAGAUUUGUUCACACGGCAGAUUUAAUUGUCAGAUUUGAUUAAAAAACAGAUUUUUAAGAAUAAGUCUAUCGAAUAUGGUAGUAGAUUAUUUCUAAAUGGUAGAUUUAUGUGGUCAACUUAUUUUCUUCUGGGUAGAUUUACUUUUUGUGAUCGACUUAUUUUCUUAAGGCAGAUUUAUAUAGCCGAUUUAAGAUUGUUGACAGACUUUUUUUUUAUGAAGUGGCAGACUUUUGUUUUACGUGAUAGCAGACUUUUUGUUUAUGUUGCGGCAGAUUUAUUAACGAAAAUCUGGGUUUAUGUACAACAAUUUUAAUUUCGACCCGGUUUACUAAUAAUUCCGAAUCUGGUUUAGUUUUUAGGUUAAUUAAACUCAGAAUUAGGGAAAAUUUUGUACUUGUCGUCAUCUCUUUCAUCCCUCUUCUCUUCCUUUUCAAGUUGUUUCUUUUCAUUCUAUUUUAAACACUUGUUGCAAUCCUUAUUGGUUGGAGAAACAUGGAUCACAUCAUUCUGGUCUGCGGAAAGUGGAAAUUUGAAAGAAAAAAAUGGUUAUUUGAAGUGGAUAAUGAUCAAAGUAGUAAAUUACUUGCAACUAACGAGGAAACUAGAUAUGAAGAUUUUGUGAAAACCAUAUAUGAGGAUUACGAAGUUGAUUUCGCAGAACACGAGUUGGAGCUGACGUACGUUUUGCCAAAACCUAAACUGGUCAAGAAAAACCUCGAUACCCCUCCUGUGAAAGUAAGAAACGAUAGGCAAUUUCAUGGAUUUUUGUGUCUUCACAAAGUCGAAAACGUUAGACUCUGUGUAGAGUUUAAACUGAAGAAAAAAGAGGUUGAAGAAGCUAGCAAAGAACCAGAAGAAUUCCUGCAAAAAAUGACCCAUUGUUGGCAGAGGAUGAAGAUUCAGAUGAAGACAAUGAUCGAUUUGAUUACUGCGACGAUUCUGAUGGAGCAACGUCUGAUGACGAAAACUUUACCUCAUAUGGGUAAAGUCUGAAACAUUCUCCGAUCAACAGAUUGUCAUAACCAAACUUUAAUAACAGAAAAAAAAAGUCUUGAAAUUUCAAAGUGAAAGAAUGUUGAAAUUGGGAUUUAGGGUUUUCGAAAUCAAACAUCUGAGUCAAAAAAUAUGUUAAAAAAGUGUAAUAACUAGUGGUAAUUGAAUUGAUUUAGCACUUACAGUUUAAAUUGGGAUUCAUCUCCUACACAGAUCAAAGCCGAUUGCGACUUGAGGAGGAGGUGUCGACCACGGCUGUGAAGGAGGAGUUGUCGACGGCGGUUGUGACAGAGGAGUUGUCGACGGCGGCUGUGGCAGAGGUCUUGACGACGAUGGCUGUGACAGAGAACUUAGACGACGGAGAAGUAGAUGUCGUCGUGAGAGGAAGAAAGAAAAGGUUUGUUUCUAUUUUUUUUUUGUCGAGUUUAACAUAUAUUUUUUAUUUUUUUUUAAUUUAUUUAGUGGCAAUUUUGUAGUUAAUCAAAUUAGUAAUUGGCUUUUAGUAGUUUUGCUUAUCCCUCAUUUUAGUCUAAUAAUUUAAAUUUAAUAUGAGUUAUUGUAAUAAUUUUAAGACGAAUGUGAGUUAGUCUAGGUAAUUUCUCAUUUAAAUAUCCGGAAUAAAAGUCUAUUCAUAAGCUACUCCAUCUCUUCAGAGAUUAGUCUGGACUUUUCUGUGAGUUUGGAAUACCCAAAAAAAAAACAUUAUAUCGGUUUUCAAAAAACCAUCUCUGUCCAUCGAAAAUCAUACUGCAUUUUAUCUCUACAGAAACAUAUUUACUAAGACAUUGUUUAACAUAAGUUUUAGUCUCAAAGAAAUUUCUUCUGAGAGAUAACUCGAUAUUUUUUCUUUAAUUGGAUAAGUCGAUAUUUCAUAGCAAUGUCACAAAAAAUAGACAUAAUUUCAGUCAGCAAUAUUGCGCAUCACUAAACUAUGGAUGCAAUUAGUAAUUGUCAUAUAUUUUUAUGUCGGCAUGGCAUAAGUUUGCGUAAAAUAUCACGAACCUUAUGUCAAUUUAUUGGAUAUAACUUUUUUUGGUAAAAAAUUAUUGGAUAUAAUUUUCAUAAAAAUGUAAUACAUUCGUACAUUCAAAUACAUUGUUAGGAUUAAUAAAAUGCUUGGAUAAAAAAAUUAUACUCUAGAUGAAAUGGUCAUCAAUUCAUCACUAGGUUGCUCUAGAAAACAAAUCGAUCUUCGUUAAAAACACAUUUCAGAAUCUAUAAAGUAAACGCCACUGUUGUAAAAUCCAAAGUAAAAGGCUUGAAUGCUUGAUUUCCAUAAAGUAUCUGAUCAAAUAUAUAGGCCCAAUAUAAUAUUUAUAUUUUGUAUUUUUCGUUGUAUCAAUCUCUGUGGACUUUGGAAUUAGAAAUAUAGAAGGUCGAAUGGUCAACUUAACUCCCAUAAAUAUAUAGGUCUCUAUUUAUAAGGUAACGAGAAAGUUUUUGUUUUGUUUUUUUGUUUAGGUAACGAGAAAGUUGGUACUUUCGAAUUUCGAUGCUGCUUAACUCAUUGCAAAAAUCGAGCUUUGAAGAAAACCAGAGUUAAAAUUAUUCAGAUUUCACCAAAUCAAAUUGCAAGCAAUUAUUUACUCCUCCCGUUUAUAGUUAUUUAAUUUUAAUGUUUUAGAUUUUUUGCUAUUUAAAAUUAAAAUUUAUGUUUUAAAAUUCAAAUAAUAUAUUUAAUUUAACACUUAUACAUAAAUACAAAUGUAAAAUAUGUUAAUUUAAUUUAAAAUACAAUAAAAUACAUCAAUAUAUUUUUAAUAUGUAAUAUUUCCUUCGUUUCAGUUUCGUUGUCAUUAUAGAAUAAAAAUUUUAUUCCAAAAUAAGUAUCGUUUUAUAAUUUUCAAUACAAAAUUUAUUAACUUUUUAUUUUAAUCUAUUUUUUUCUAGUGGUUGAAAUGUGGUUAAGUGUAUUUUAAUGAUAUUUUUAUUUAGUAAAUAUAUAAAAUUAAUUAUUUUUUAAUUUGUGUGUUCAAAGUUAAAACGAUAAUUAAAAUGAAACAUAUAGACUAAAACCUAAAAAUAUCAAUCUUUUAAAAUAUAGAGAGUAAAUAAAUUUCCAUUGAAAUAUGUGUGUUUUAAUUAAUUUAGAAUUUUCACUGAAGCAUUUGAUAUGAAGACUUGUCCAACUUUUCAAUUGUUAAACAUAACAUUCAAAGCACUAAAGUUUCAUAAAAUGGUAAUUGUAGUAAAUUAUCCCACAUGCGGAACUAUAUAAAUAUUGCUUUAGUAUUUUGAAAUAUUGUUUCAAUAUUAAUAUUCUUUCUGUUUUUUUUAAAAAAAAAAUAUUUCACAGAGAUAGAUUUUUUGUACUUUCAAAAAAAUUAACUGACUUUAUUGAAUUACUAUUGGUUAAAAAUUAUUGAAAUACAGAAAAUAAUACAUUUAGUAUAGUGAUUUUACUAAAAAGUUUAUCUUUGUAAAACAGAGGGAUUAAUUGUGUUUUAAAUGAAAAUUAGAUAAUUUGAUACUUAUUUUAAUUAAAUAUACUAUAGCCAGUAGAGAGGACUAGAAUAUUAUUUGGAAACAGUGUACAGUCAACCCUAUAUAAAAAUGAUAUUUAAAGUAAUUACUGGAAACUUAAUCACUCUAUAUUUUAGUUCUACUUGUGCUGCCAAAGUGCUUUAUUUUAGUCAAAUUGGAUCACAAUCAUAUAUACUCCUCCAUGUAAAAUUGGAGUUUAUUAUUAUAUCCAUAACAAUACAAUAUGCGGUCUAAAUAGUUAGUUGACUUGCUAAAAAAAUAGUUAGCUGACAAAAAUCAAUGGCAAGUGUUAUACAAGAACAACAUCAAAAGUAACAAAUAUUAAUAUAGUUACUUAUAGGGUCGAAGAAAUUUCUAUAUAUAACCAUCCCAUCUCCUCAGAACUCAACCUACCACAUUAAAAACCAUUUCCUCUCCUGUACCUCACUGCAGUUUUUUGUGGUUCCCUCUUUUUCUCCAAGCCAUUAAAAAGGCGAAGAUAUGGAGUUUUUCUGGAAAAUGAUGUCAUUGAUGAGUCUGAUGAUGAUGGUGAUGUGCAAGAGUGUGGAUGGUUAUAGUAGCGGUUGGGUCAAUGCUCGAGCCACAUUCUAUGGAGGUGCUGAUGCUUCUGGCACCAUGGGCGGUGCGUGUGGGUACGGUAACCUAUACAGUCAAGGAUACAACACGAACACAGCGGCGCUAAGCACGGCUCUAUUCAACGGCGGCCAAAGCUGCGGCGCUUGUUUCCAGAUUAAAUGUGUAAACGACCCAAAAUGGUGUCGCCGGGGAACAAUCACCGUCACCGGAACAAACUUUUGUCCACCUAACUUUGCUCAAGCCAACGACGCCGGAGGUUGGUGUAACCCUCCCCAACAUCACUUUGACUUAGCUCAGCCCAUCUUUCUCCGCAUAGCUCAAUACAAAGCUGGUGUCGUCCCCGUCCAAUACCGAAGAGUGGCUUGCCGGAGAAGAGGAGGAAUGAGAUUCACGAUCAACGGCCACUCAUACUUCAACCUCGUACUCAUAACUAACGUCGCCGGUGCCGGGGAUGUAGUUUCCGUCUCCGUUAAAGGGACAAGGACAGGUUGGCAAAGCAUGUCGAGAAACUGGGGACAGAACUGGCAAAGCAACGCAAAUCUUGACGGCCAAGCUCUUUCCUUCAAAGUAACAACUAGUGAUGGCCGUACAGUCGUCUCUAACAACGCUACUCCUCGUAACUGGAGCUUCGGACAGACUUAUACCGGAAAACAGUUCCGAGGUUAGAGGUGAUGACGUGGACUGAACACUUUAUGAUGAAGAAAAAAACGUUUUUACUUAUUACUGAUUUUGGAAUUUCUUAGAGUUUGCAUAGUUUUUUUAAAAAAAUGUUUCGGAAUUUAUCUAAUUAACCCAAAAGAGAAACUAAAAUAAAUAAUUAAAUGGCGGAAAAACAAGUUUUUUCACCGGCAGCUUUUGUAAUUUGCCGGUGAGGCUGAGGUGAACAGAAAGGGAGAAAAGGAGCUUUGUGUUUUCACCCGCCGCCUGAGCAUUUGAGAUUUCCUUUUUUUUUAAUAUAUGUUUUUUUUUUGUAUUUUAUUUGGCUUUAAGAUGUUCGAUGAUAUGUUUCUGUAAGGCAAUGUCUAUUGAACUAAAAGUAAUUUUAUAGUUUUAUAUGCUUAGUUUU